UUUGAAAUUUGAAAUUUGAAUCUCUGGUUAUGGCAACGAGAUCAUCAUCCAAAAGUAUCGAGGGUUUCUACAAGCAAAAGAAGAACACCACCACCACCAAGAAGACUUCGAAGAGAAAGUCCCCUAAGCAUGCGGCCACUGUCGGCUCCGAUGUUACCCAACCCACGGCUCUGAUUUCUCACGGUUCCCUUGAUCUUAAAGAUGAUUAUGAUAAGAAUGAAGAAGUGCUGAGGCAGUUUGACAUGAACAUGGCAUAUGGUCCAUGCCUUGGUAUGACUAGACUGGCUCGUUGGGAACGCGCUACUCGUCUUGGCUUAAACCCUCCCAAAGAAAUCGAGGGCCUCUUGAAAGGUGGAGAGGUUCAAGCAGAGUGCUUGUGGCAAGAUCGCGUUUAGGAAUCAGUGUGUUUAUGUGUAUUAAAAUCUAAUGUGUGGAAUUUAUGUUCAGCAUCUAGCUGUGCUCUUAGUCUCUAUUUGAAUGUUGUGAUGAACUACAAGGGUUGCUAAUUUUAGUUAAGAUUUUGUCUGGAAACAAUUGCAUCUUAUGAGAAUGUGUAUGGUAAGAGUAAGUCAAUUGUCUGGAACAAAUUUCAUCU